AGUGUCUGGGGGGAGAGAGAGACAGGCAGUGUGGGGAGGAGACUGCACUGAACCAGACUACACAAUCAUAGUCAGGAAACGGGGAACUGCAAGGUCCCCAGACCCAGAGAGACACACAGUGUGUCAGUGAUUCUGCACCAGAACACCCUGCUCGGUUUACCCCAGUUUGGAACUUAACCCAGUUGAGUUUUUGUGAAGAUGAGUGAAGAAUUAAUCGUUCCAGUGUAUGCUACAGGGAUCUCUGCUCAGCUGCAAAAACAAAGGGACCAUGAACUUGGCGUUGGCAAACACGAGAAUGCUGUGAAGUAUCUGGGGCAGGAUUUCCAAAGGAUUCAAUAUGAGUGUUCGCAGAAUGGGACUUUAUUCACAGAUGACACAUUUCCGCCCACAGCUUUUUCACUGGGAUUUAAAGAACUGGGACCCAAUUCGCAGAAAGUCCGAGGUGUAAAAUGGGUUCGUCCUUCGCAACUUAUGUCAAACCCUCAAUUCAUUGUAGACGGAGCCACAAGGACAGAUAUCUGUCAGGGGGCACUGGGUGAUUGCUGGCUUUUGGCUGCCAUCGCCUCCCUGACCUUAAAUGACACACUUCUGCACCGCGUUGUACCUCAUGGACAGAGCUUUCAAGAAAACUACACUGGAGUCUUCCAUUUUGAGAUAUGGCAGUUUGGUGAAUGGGUGGAUGUCGUCAUAGAUGAUUUACUUCCUGUGAAAGAUGGAAAGCUGGUUUUUGUGCACUCAGCUUCUGGGAAUGAGUUCUGGAGUGCCCUUCUGGAGAAGGCUUAUGCUAAGGUUAACGGAAGUUACGAGGCUCUCUCAGGAGGCAGCACAUCUGAAGGGUUUGAGGACUUCACAGGAGGUGUUACUGAGUGGUAUGAGCUGAAGAAGCCGCCUGCAGACUUGUUUAAUAUCCUCAUCAAGGCUCUGGAGAGAGGGUCUCUCAUGGGAUGCUCCAUUGAUAUAACUAGCGCUACAGACAUGGAAGCCGUAACGUUUAAGAAACUCGUGAAAGGUCACGCGUAUUCUCUCACUGGUGCCAAGGAGGUUAACUAUAGAGGGCAAAGUAUGAAGCUGGUUCGUAUGAGAAACCCAUGGGGUGAGGUGGAGUGGACAGGAGCGUGGAGUGACGGAUCACCUGAAUGGAACUCUGUGGAUCCUGCGCAGAGGGAAGAACUCAGAAUUAAAAUGGAAGAUGGAGAAUUCUGGAUGUCUUAUGACGAUUUCCUUCGUGAAUUUUCCCGUCUUGAGAUCUGUAACCUCACUCCGGAUUCUCUCAAAGCCCGCAAGUUCCGCAAAUGGAGCACGACUUUGUACGACGGCUCCUGGAGGAAGGGAAGCACCGCUGGCGGCUGCAGAAACUUCCCUGCAACAUUUUGGGUCAACCCUCAAUUCAAAAUUAAACUGGAGGAAGAAGAUGACGACGAUGACUAUGGCGCCGAAAGAGGCUGUACAUUCCUUCUUGCCCUCAUGCAGAAGAACCGACGCAAGGAGAGGCGAUUUGGAAAGGAUAUGGAGACCAUUGGCUUUGCAAUGUAUGAGGUUCCUAGAGAGUACGUAGGACAGUCUGCGGUGCACUUGAAGCGUGAAUUUUUCUUACAAAACCAAUCUCGAGCUCGCUCAGAGCAGUUCAUUAAUUUACGUGAGGUCAGCACUCGACACAAGCUUCCCCCAGGAGAAUACAUUGUGGUACCUUCAACUUUUGAACCCAACGUUGAGGGAGAUUUUGUCCUGCGUCUCUUCUCUGAAAAUAAACAUGGAACUGAGGAGAUGGAUGAUCCUAUAACUGCUAAUUUACCCACUGAAGAAGUUUUAUCUGAAAGUCAACUAGAUGAAGGCUUUAAAAAGCUUUUCGCACAGCUUGCUGGUGCAGAUAUGGAAGUAAGCGCUCAGGAACUACAAACCAUAUUAAAUAAAAUCAUAGGCAAACAUAAAGACUUGCGCACUAAGGGCUUUAGUAUGGAGUCGUGCCGCAGUAUGGUGAACCUGAUGGAUAAAGAUGGGAAUGGAAAACUGGGAAUGGUAGAGUUUAAUGUGCUGUGGAAUAAAAUAAAGCAUUACCUGACUGUUUUCAGGAAGUUUGACAUUGAUAAAUCAGGAAGUAUGAAUGCCUAUGAAAUGCGCAUGGCUGUGGAGUCUGCAGGGUUCAAGUUGAGCAAUCCUCUGCAUCAGCUGAUCAUCACCAGAUAUGCAGAACCUGAUUUAGCUGUGGAUUUUGACAGUUUUGCGUGCUGUCUGAUCAGACUGGAGACUAUGUUUAGAUUUUUCCAGGGCUUGGACACAGACAAAGAUGGUGUUAUCACAUUUAACCUAUUCACAUGGCUACAGUUGACAAUGUUUGCAUAAUGCAGCACCCCUUCUUCAUUAGCUGGAUCCCAAUAUGCUCCUGUAAUCAUUUGCAAGUGCCUUCUGCUCUCUGCUGCUGUGCCAAGAAAAUACAACACAGGAAUGACUCUCUGCACGCCCUCUAGCAGUCUGGUGCUCUAUCUAUUUGUCUAUCUUUCUUAAUCAUCUUUUUUUUCCCCACCUCUAAGCCUCUCUCUUUCUGUAUUAUUCUUCUGCUAUCUUACCUUAGACAAUCAUGUCUCAAACUGUAUGAUAGAGAUAAACUUCUCUCUUGUUUCACUAUAGCCACAUCAAUUUCUAAACCAGCCCUGCCUCCUCCAUAAAUGGGGGGAAUAAAAAAAAAAUGUGCCUGUUCAGGUCAUGCCUGUGAUCUGAUGCCUGUAGUUAUACUAUAUUCUUUAUAUCUUGUUUUGUACUGGGUUUUAAAAUAUCAAAAAUAAAAUAUAUUAUUCUGAACCAAUAUUAAAAGUCAAAA